GCCUCAACAGCGUCGACCAGAUCAUUACAACUGACUGGAUGGCCGAUCAACGACACAUCCGUCCACUUUACUCAGUGCGCUGAACUGGAAGUGCGAUGAUCAGCCAUCCGGCUAGGUGUCGGGCCCGACUUUGUGUAGGAUCUGGACGUUACUGCAUGGUUGUUCCUACUUCUCCUCCCCUUCUCUGCCCCCUCCAGACGCAUGUCGUAUGAAUUCGCUCCAGGACCUCAGGCCGUUCGGAUUCUGCGCGUACGAUCUGCCCCUUUCCUCGCUCUCUACACUCCUCAACACGAUCAUUUCCUCUCCCCUCCUCUGCACCAUAGAAGGCUUCCGUUGGCAUGGAUUCCUCCAGGCUGCAGACUAUUGGAAUUCCUCUGCUGGCGCAAGAAGCUCCACCCCCCCUUUUCCUCGCUCUCUACACUCCACUACGCCUGCACCUCCCUCAUCUCUGCAUGUGUAGCUUUGCAUUGUACGAAUUCGCUCCGGAGCCGCUGGCCGUUGGGAUUCUGCGAUGUACAAGUGGUAAGUAAUGCUCCUCUUCCCCAAAUCUAUU